AUGCACAUCCAUGACGUUGUCAUAAUUGGCGCCGGCCCAGCUGGGCUCGCAGCGGCUGCCAGACUACGCGAAGAUACCCCAUCCGCUACCUUCACUGACGACGAGCAUCAGCGGUACCACUGGAUAAAGAAGCAUGGUCAAAAAAUGAAUAUUAAGAAUCACCGAACGAACAGAAACUCAUUACCCACGCCGCCUUUAACACCUGACAACUUGGACUGUGGGUGCGAUGCUCACUCGUCACCCGAUGAUGCAAUGGACAUGCUCAUUCUUGAUGCCGAUGGAGCGAACUGGAUGUCGAAGUGGCAUCGGUUGUUCAAAACCUUUGGCAUCGACUACCUACGAAGUCCCAUGUUUUUCCACGUUGACCCAUCCGAUAGAGACGGUCUGCUCGGAUACACGUACGAGAAAGAGCGAGAGAAGGAGAUCCUAGCUCUUCCGGGGUGUGCGGGCAAAGAGAUUAGCAAGCACAGGAAAAAAAAGAAAUUAAACGCGAAGGGAAGGUUUCUGGGACGAACGCCUGAUGUCGACGAGAGGGAUCGAAAGGACUACUUUGUACCAAAGACUGACUUGUUUGAGUCGCACUGCGAAGAUGUCAUCCAACGCUAUGGCUUACGAAAAGAUAUACUUCGGCAAGAAUGUGUGGUGAACAUUGAAUACAAUGAAGCCUGCUCCUUUAGCGAAGCAGAACACGACAGCGUUCUCUCGGACAACGCCUUGGAUGACGACAGGAACAUCUUCCGUGUCACAACGGAUCAGGGCGUCCGUUUCGCACACAUCGUCAUACUCGCCGUCGGCCCAGGGAACGCGCCAUCUAUUCCGUCCAUCCUGGGUCUGCAGAGCGCGUCUCCGCACGAAGGCCACACCCAUGCGAUACAGCUGAAACAACUCCCACCGCCACAUGUGUUGGCAAAGAUCAAGGCCCAUCAGUCAACAAACAUGCUCAUAGUCGGAGGCGGCUUGACCAGCAUCCAGCUGGCUGAUCUCGCGAUCAGGCGUGGCGUAAGCAGAGUGUGGCUGUUGAUGCGUGGACCGGUGAAGGUAAAGUACUUUGACAUGGACUUGGACUGGGUAGGCAAAUUUCGGAAUUACAAGCAAGCGGAAUUCUGGAGUGCGGACACAGAUCUUGAGCGAUUCGAGAUGAUUAAACAAGCCCGCAACGGAGGCAGCGUUACGCCUCGGUAUCGCAAGAUUCUAGACGCACAUGUCGCCAGCGGUAAAAUUGUACUGCAUACCCACACAACGCUUCAGUCGGCUUCCUGGGACUCGUCAUAUAAGAUUUGGACAUGUACGGCCUCUUCGCCUGAGUUUGUCAUUCCGCCCGUCGACUACAUCGUCUUCGCAACCGGUAUCCAAUCUGACAUCCGCACCAUACCCUUCCUCGAGACAUUUCAGCAACAGCACCCUAUUCAAUAUGUCGGCGGCCUACCUUGUCUGAACGACGAUCUGAUGUGGAACGACAAAGUCCCCAUGUUUGUGACGGGUAGACUAGCGAGCUUACGACUAGGACCUGGAGCGCCAAAUUUGGUUGGAGCGAGGGUGGGUGCGGAAAGAAUUGCUUGGAAUGUGGAUGAUGUGCUGAAGAAGUUGGGUAGGCUACGAGGGAGCAGGCAGGCAAAGGUGUGGGAUGGUGAGAGUGGCGAUGAGAAGAUGGCGGCGUAUGCUGCAGCAAGGGGCAACCGGUUCGAUAGCUUAGUCGGCAUUGAGGUCGACUAG